ACCUCCUCCUCCCGAUUCCCUCCUGGCGCCGCUAAGUUUCUCUACUCGGCACCGCACGCAGAGUCCCGGGGCCCGGCCCCGGUCCCCCCACCACCCCCGAGCCAUGCUGUGCGGCCUCUGGAGGAGCCGCCACCGGCGGCCAGAGGAGCCCCCCGUGCCGGCCCAGGUCGCAGCGCCCGUCGCGCUCCCGUCCCCGCCCGCGCCCCAGGACGGCGGCACCAAGAGGCCCGGGCUGCGGGCGUUGAAGAAGAUGGGCCUGACCGAGGACGAGGACGUGCGUGCCAUGCUGCAGGGCUCCACGCUCUGCAAGAUCCGCUCGCGGACGUGGCACAAGGAGCGGUUCUACCGGCUGCAGGAAGACGGCCUGAGCGUGUGGUUCCAGCGGCGCAUCCGGCGCGCGCCGUCUCAGCACAUCUUCUUCGUGCAGCACAUCGAGGCCGUCCGCGAGGGCCACCAGUCCGAGGGCCUGCGACGCUUCGGGGGCGCCUUCGCGCCGGCGCGCUGCCUCACCAUCGCCUUCAAGGGGCGCCGCAAGAACUUGGACCUGGCGGCGCCCACGGCCGAGGAGGCGCAGCGCUGGGUGCGGGGUCUGGCCAAGCUGCGCGCGCGCCUCGACGCCAUGAACCAGCGUGAGCGCCUCGACCACUGGAUCCACUCCUAUCUGCACCGGGCGGACUCCAACCAGGACAGUAAGAUGAGCUUCAAGGAGAUCAAGAGCCUGCUGCUCAUGGUCAACGUGGACAUGAACGACAUGUACGCCUACCGCCUCUUCAAGGAGUGUGACCGCUCCAACAACGAGCGGCUGGAGGGGCCUGAGAUCGAGGAGUUCCUGCGGCGGCUGCUGAAACGCCCGGAGCUGGAGGAGAUCUUCCACCGGUACUCGGGCGAGGACCGCGUGCUGAGCGCCCCUGAGCUGCUGGAGUUCCUGGAGGACCAGGGCGAGGACGGCGCCACGCUGGCCCGCGCCCAGCAGCUCAUCCACACCUAUGAGCUCAACGAAACAGCCAAGCAGCACGAGCUGAUGACCCUGGACGGCUUCAUGAUGUACCUGUUGUCACCCGAGGGGGCUGCCCUGGACCCAGCCCACGCAUGCGUCUUCCAGGACAUGAACCAGCCCCUCGCCCACUACUUCAUCUCCUCCUCCCACAACACCUAUCUGACCGACUCUCAGAUCGGUGGGCCCAGCAGCACUGAGGCCUAUGUUAGGGCCUUUGCCCAGGGAUGCCGCUGCGUGGAGCUGGACUGCUGGGAGGGGCCAGGAGGGGAGCCUGUCAUCUACCACGGGCAUACCCUCACCUCCAAGAUCCUCUUCCGAGACGUGGUCCAGGCCGUGCGUGAUCACGCCUUCACGCUGUCCCCAUACCCCGUCAUCCUGUCCCUCGAGAACCACUGCGGGCUGGAGCAGCAGGCCACCAUGGCCCGCCACCUCCGCAGCAUCCUUGGGGACAUGCUAGUGACGCAGGUGCUGGACUCCCAGAACCCUGAAGAGCUGCCGUCCCCAGAGCAGCUGAAAGGCCGGGUCCUGGUGAAGGGGAAGAAGCUGCCAGCCGCGCGGAGCGAUGAGGGUCGGAUUCUCUCAGACCGGGAGGAGGAGGAGGAAGAGGAGGAUGACGAAGAGGAGGCGGGGGCUGCAGAGCAGAGGCGGCGGGCCAAGCAGAUCUCCCCGGAGCUGUCGGCCCUGGCCGUGUACUGCGGCGCCACCCGCCUGCGGACCCUGCGGCCUGCCCCGCCCCCGCCCCCGCCCGGCCAGGUCAGCUCCCUCAGCGAGCGCAAGGCCAAGAAGCUCAUCCGAGAGGCAGGGAACAGCUUCGUCAGGCACAACGUCCACCAGCUGACCCGCGUCUACCCGCUGGGGCUGCGGAUGAACUCGGCCAACUACAGUCCCCAGGAGAUGUGGAACUCGGGCUGUCAGCUGGUGGCCCUGAACUUCCAGACGCCAGGUUACGAAAUGGACCUCAACGCUGGGCGCUUCCUCAUCAACGGGCAGUGUGGCUACGUCCUGAAACCCGCCUGCCUGCGGCAGCCUGACACGACCUUUGACCCUGAGUGUCCUGGACCCCCCAGAACCACACUCACCAUCCAGGUGCUGACUGCACAGCAGCUGCCCAAGCUGAACGCCGAGAAGCCAAACUCCAUCGUGGACCCCCUGGUGCGCAUCGAGAUCCACGGGGUGACCUCAGACUGUGCCCGCAAGGAGACCAACUAUGUGCUCAACAACGGCUUCAACCCCCGCUGGGGGCAGACCCUGCAGUUCCAGCUGCGGGCUCCGGAGCUGGCGCUGGUCCGGUUCGUGGUCGAGGAUUAUGACACCACCUCCCCUAAUGACUUUGUGGGCCAGUUUACGCUGCCUCUCAACAGCCUGAAGCAAGGGUACCGCCACAUCCACCUGCUUUCCAAGGACGGGGCCUCGCUGUCACCAGCCACGCUCUUUGUCCACAUCUGCAUCCAGGGCUCCUGACGACACAGCUGACCCUCCCUGGGGUUCUGCAGGUGCCAGUCCACCUCCCGUGGCGGAGGCCCUCUCCUGCUCUGGAGCGGAGGGGUGAUGGGAGUGCCAGCCCCUCCAGCCUACCUGCUUAGCCUGCUCGCCAGCCCCUGGUCUCGGUGGGAUGCGGAGGGCUGCCUCGGCCCCUCCUGAAGCACAGGCAGGUGAUCUUUUCUCUGGGCCGUGAGAUGGUCCAGCCCACCUGUUCUCAUGGCUUAUGGAGAGCCAGGUCCAUGGCUGCCUGGAGACCCGGAGCAGGUCACGGGAACCCGCGGCCGCCCUCUGCCACAAGGAGUCCAGCCACCCCCUGAAGCCCUCCUUCCCCCUCCAGGCUUUCCUAGGCCCUCUCCCUCCCGCUCUUGAAUCUGAGCUCCCUUCCCUUGUUAAAGCAAGCAGGGAGUGGGGAAGCUCAGAGCCCUGGGGAAACCUAGGAGCAGGUUUUUAAUCUGUGUCAUAGAAGAGCCCUGGAGAGGGCAGUAGAGCAAAAUAAAGAGGCAAGUUUAGGAGUUCCCGCUGUGGCACAGUGGGUCAGUGA